AUGUCCACUCUGCAUCCACCGGACCUGGCACGCGACGUUCUUCGCAAACGACUCGAAGAGAAUUACGACGAGACGAACAAACCCCUAAAAAUCGACCACUCACUGCAACUGUUUGCUUUCUGCCAACAAACCUUCUUCACCUUCAAUGACAGAACAUACGAGCAGAUCAAAGGAACGCCGAUGGGUUCGUCAAUAUCCAGCCUGGUUGCAGAACUAGUCCUGCAGGAACUGGAAAAAGUCGCCUUCGACCACUAUGAACCUGCAUUUUGGCGCCGGUACGUGGCCGACACGUUCGUCAUAAUUGAAAGGAGCAGACUGGCCGACUUCCAAGACCUGCUCAACGGCAUCUUCCCAGACAUUCAGUUCACAAGGGAAGAAGAGCAUGCCGAACAGCUGCCUUUCCUUGACGUUCUCGUCACACGCACACCCAACGGCGAACUCAACACCACGGUGUACAGAAAGGCGACUAACACGACUCAGAUUCUCAACUACCACAGUAACCACCCAAUGGCGCAUAAACGCAGCUGUGUCAGGACACUCUUCCAGAGGGUAAAAACGCACUGCAGUUAACCAGAGGGACGAGUACGAGAACUUCGGCAUCUUCGGGACCAACUGGCAAGGAAUGGAUACUCGAACAGCUUCGUCAGCCGCUGCCUCCGCACGCGCCCACGGCGAACAAACGGAGGAGAGCCGCCAACACUCUGGCACCCUCUGCCAUAUAUAAAGAACGUAUCCGAAGCGAUGGAACGUAUCGCUGUAGAGCUCGGCGUGGGUAUCGCUCACCGUCCGACAGCGACCAUGCGCAGAAAAAUCAUGCAAGCGAAGGAUCGCCUAGACGUGGGUGAACAAUCGGGCGCCGUCUAUCAGAUCCCAUGUCGGGACUGCCCUCGCCACUACACUGGACAAACCGGACGACGACUUAGCUCACGAAUAACGGAGCACAAACGGCGGUCCGGAGAGGCGACCCGUUGUCUCAGGUCGCCACUCACACCCUGGAGGAAGGCCACGAAUUCAACUUUGCGAGCACGCGGAUAGUGGCGCGGGCCAGCAAUAAGACAGGACGAGAACUGUUAGAGGCCUGGGUGUCUGACACCAACGCCAUCAACAGGCACGUUGACAUACCCCCCUGCUAUCACGCGCUCCGUUCCCGCGGCCAAGGGGCGAGACCCAAUUUCCAGCCAAGGGUGCACGCAGUCACGCCACCGUGAGACGGCGUGGGACGCAACUUGUCGCGAAUACCACCCUCUGCACUCAUAUCUCCCCCCCCUUCAUGGCGUGACUACAAAAACCCCUCAUUUGAUGUUGCCUUCUCAUAGUCUCUGGCGAUGGCCUCCUGUACGAGACCGAAAGCUCAGACUAAUAAACCCACUGUCCCAGAGAUCGGGUCUUCAUCUUCUUUACCUUUAACAAUUUCCAUUCAAGAAAUUGUUUGUAUUCGCAAAGAAGAUCUAUCUCUAACUUCUGUUUUUAUGCAUUAGUGGUUUAAGCUACUGACUGCACUCAUUAACCAGAACUGCGGACAUAAUGGUUCGGCACAAUCAUUCAGUCAGAUGCAAUCUGCGUCGGACUAUGGGACAUGCAGUUGGGAGAAUUGUUUCUGGAUGGUGGGGUUACUUCUCCAUAAGUGUCUCUUUUUCAUUCACGAGAAUAGUAGAUGCACGCAUCCCUGUUGCUCUCUCUGUCGCAUUUUUGUAACUCAGAGGAUGAGUUCUGCGUGAUCUGAAGUCGUCGGGCUGCCUGAGCGCUCGUGCGAGCAAUGGAACGAAUUUCCUUUCAGGCAUCUGAAACAUUGACAGGACAGGAAGGCAGUCUCUGUCGGCCCACCCACUGCGCUAUUUCGAAAAGCGUCGGACUUAGUGACAGGAGCCGCAUUCAAAUGUCAGACAGAGAAUGACCAUCUAAAUACCAGGGCCAAUUACUGAACCGACGCGUUAGGGGAGGUAGUUUUAUGUCUGUAUAGGACACCUAUAGGUAUCGCAGACGAAGACAAAAGUCUCAGUGUGGUGACGGUGGUGGUGUUGUUUCAGGUUGCUGGUGGUGGUGGUGGGGGCGGCGGCGGCGGCGGCGGCGGCGGCGGCGGCGGUGGUGGUGGUGGUGGUAGCUAUGCAGCCACUUCAUUUAACAACGCACUGUGA